AUGGACCUGUUGAGCACGGAAAAGAUCAGGGCUGAAGUAGAGGAAUUCGAGGAUUUCGUCGCAGAUUAUACCACUCAACUUGAGAAGAUACUCAAAGGACAGUUCGACGAAGAACAACGAAAGUCAGCUCGGGCUGAAAUCGAUGCUCAACUAGCUCCAGCUGCAGAGAGUGCAACCGCCACAACCAUACGAAAUGCUCUAAAAGCACCUAGUGUAAAAUCGAAAUUACAGUCACAGAAAGAAAAGUCGGGUGUUGUCGACUACUCUCGUUGGGAACACUUCAAGGAGGACGACGAGGACAAUCAAGCCACUUCUGACAUACUCGCAGAGGUCAAGGAUGCUGAAAAUUCAAAGGCCGCUGAUAUCGUAUCUAGUCCUUCUAAGGGCAACAAGUGGCGAGAAGACCAGAUAGAACGAGUUCAAAAGCAUUCGGAAGCUUCUCGUCGAGAAGGAAACGACUUAUUCAAGACUAAAAAGUAUCCAGAAGCCAUAGAAGCUUAUAGCAAAUCUGUUAGAGCACUCUUAGAACCCGAAUCGAUAACAGCAUCUGAAAAGAAGAACGACCCAUUCGACUUCUUGGAAAAGUAUCGCCAACCUAUAGGUAAACUACCCGUCAAUCCAAUGAUUUAUACCAAUCGAGCUCUAUGCUACAUCAAUUUGAACAUGUGGAAUGAAGCAGAGGCAGAUUGUACUGCAGCAUUAGAACUCGAUCCCACAAAUGUCAAAGGACUUUGGAGAAGAGUCAUAGCUCGUGAAAAGCUACACAAGCUAGAUAAGCUUGCUGAGUGUCUGUCUGAUUUGAACGUAUUACAAGACAUUGUGGAAGAAUAUGAAAAAGCCAAGAAGGCUGGUAAUAAGAACGUUAUAGCUCCCGCAGUUACCUUGAAGGAAGUCACCACUUUACGAUGUGGUAUCGAGAAGGAUUUAAAUGCUGCUACAAAGUUAGACAAGGUAGCACGCAAACUCGAAGGUGAUGGCAUUGUAGCAGUCUUGAAAGGCAUCUUAGCUUCUAUCGAUGAAAAAAAAUUAACCACACAAGGAGCAGCUCAAUCCGCAUUUUCAGCUGCUUUGAAAUAUUUAUGUCAAUUAAUCUCCGGGCCCGAUGCUCAAAAAGCCAAAGAUGCCAUGCAAGUGUCAGGGUUGUUAGAGAAGUGCUCGUCUGCAUCCGUGUUGAAUCCAACAACCAUACAACACGUAGUACCCAUGCUGUUAGCUUCAUGCCAAGGACAUGCUGAAAACAGCAGGCUGGUAGGCAAAGAAAUCGUGAAUAUCGUAAAGUCACUGGUACUAGGACUACCGCUACCGAACACAGCCACCCUCGUUUCAACAUUAAACUUGCUUGCCAUAUUGACCACGGACGAAACAUGCCUCAGCUCGUUUGUCAAACUAGAUUUAGAUUUAGGAUGUAAAUUCGCUGCUACAGUACUACUUUCCUUGAGAGAUGAGACAGACAAGACAGUCCAGGCUGGCAAAACAUACGGAUUAUCGCUGCUCGACGCCGCUUUCAACCAGCAGCCACGUGGCGCAUCGACACUGGUACACAAAUGGGGGUUAACACCAAACCUAGUGGUUCCAGCCAUUGUCGUAUGUAUCAAAACGCAUCUAGAGCCAUCAUGUAAACUCAUCAACACAAUCAUCGGCCUCACUGGAUUGGCAUCACGAGUACUAGUAGUUGACCAUCAUGCUGACGCACUGUUGGACGUACUAUUGGCUGAAUUGAAACCGAAAUCUAAAGAUGUCAUCAAAACUCAGCUGGUAUUGGUCACUGCCCAUAAUAUCCUAAUCCAUACGUCCCAUUCCAUAACACCCAUAUUGAUAAAGUAUUCGACUGUAUCAACCGUCAUUCCAUACUUUAAACAUCCUGACCUGUUUGCUCCAACCAUGUCGAUUCUAUCUCGCCUACUAAAGCAAAACUCGAAUCAUGUCCUGAGUCAAAUCGACGGAUGGUGGGAUGAACUUCCAAUCCUCUCCAUCCUGAACGAUAAAGUAAAUCAUAAAGAGCUACGAGGUCCUGCUUUAAGAAUCUUGAUUGAAUGGAUUCGAUUACAAAAGUCUAGAGUAGCAGAAUGGAAGAAAACAGGUGGAUUUGAAUGCCUUGCAAACAUCAUCAAGUCGGAAAUGGAGACUACGGAUACACCGAGGGAUGAAUUUGUAGUUGGUAAUGCUGCUCUUUGUGUGGGUGAUUGUACUCUGACAUCAUCUCAUGCUGAAACCUUCUUGAAAAUGGGGGUUGUGGAAGACCUUAUCAAGCUGUUGAGGAUUAUGAAGGAUGUGUCUGCUCAACGAAACGUUGCGGUGUCUUGUGCCAAAUUGUGUCAAGUCGAUGAAACAGGCAAAGUGUUGGAUUGUGUUCGAUCACUUUCUGGAAUCGAGCUUUUGCAUUCUUUGAGUAACAAGAUAACAGUAUAA